ACGACGACACGGUUCUCAUUCUAAGCACUGGACAGCGAGCCCUGGAGAGCGAGACGGACUAGAGAGAGAAAGUAGAGAGAAGAUUGAGAUGGCAGGGGAAGAAGAUGGAGAGUUCUAUCUACGGUACUAUGUAGGGCACAAGGGGAAGUUUGGGCACGAGUUCUUGGAAUUCGAGUUCAGACCAGACGGCAAGCUUCGAUAUGCCAACAACUCCAACUACAAGAACGACACCAUGAUUCGCAAGGAGGUCUUCGUCACCCCUGCUGUUCUCCGCGAGUGUCGCCGCAUUAUUUCAGAAAGCGAGAUCAUGAAGGAAGAUGAUAACAACUGGCCAGAGCCUGAUCGUGUUGGGCGGCAAGAGCUUGAGAUUGUGAUGGGGAAUGAGCAUAUUUCCUUCACUACUUCAAAGAUUGGGUCACUCGUUGAUGUGCAAACCAGCAAGGAUCCUGAAGGACUUCGCAUCUUCUAUUAUCUUGUUCAGGACUUGAAGUGCUUUGUAUUCUCUCUCAUCUCACUCCAUUUCAAGAUCAAGCCGAUUUAGAUUUAGAAAGGAUGACAAUGUGUACUAAACAAUGUGGGUUCUAAGGAUUCUGUUUGCUUUGUAUUCUCUUAUGAUUUCUCUGGAUUUAAGAUCAAACUUUUGUAGCAAGGACGGAGAUGUUGCUACAGAUAUGGGGUUCAAGGGGGAUCCUGUUUGGUUAUGAGACAGUCCUUUUUUUUUUUUUGACCUUCUCUUUCAUAUAUGGGUGAUCCCAAGUUGAUUCGUUUACUUUAUAAAUCUUUGUUGGUACACAUUAAAGCAGUAACCAUCUACUUAGUUUGGUUUACUAUUAUUUCUCAA